UUAGAGAACGUAUGUAUAUCACAGGUGAUAGCUUGAGAAGUAAAGCAAGAUCUAACAAAAAUCAGAUGUCAUCCAAGGAUAUCUUUACCAUGCGGAAGACAACAGAUUAUGAAAGGCAGAGGGAACUCAAUAUUGAAAGAAACAAUAAGAGGUUUCAGGAACUUGGGAUACCUGCGUUAGGUUCAUCAUUGAAAAGAGUCAAAACAAAUGUUAUUGAGAAUAAUGUUGCUGAUGGGGAUGAUGAGUAUGUUCCAACAAACGAGGAGAGAAUGCAUGCUAAAGAUGAUGAGAGUAUUGCCUUAAAGAAAAACAGCACAUUGAAGACUUCUUUUAAAAACCCAAUCUCUCGACAAACCUCAAGUUCUAAGCCUCAUACUCAAAUGAUCUUUUCUGAUGAAAUGUUUGAAGCCUCUUCGAAUCCGGAAAUGACCAACCUUGCAACAAGUAUGGGGCAUAUUACUAGAGGAAAAGAAACAGGUGUGUCUGGAGUAGAAAGGCUUAACCAACAUCGCAUUCAUGCAUAUAAUUUGAAUGGAGGUGCAUCUGAAAGACAAGCUUCAAUAACAAGAUCAACCACUUCACAGAAUGAUUUUGUUAGAGUCCAUGAAAGAGAAGAAACAGGUAUGUUUGAAGUAGAAAGCCUUAACCAACAUCAUACUCAUGGAAGUAAUUUCGAUGGAGGUGCAUUUGAAAGACAAGCACCACCAACAAGAUCAACCACUUCACAGAGAGAUUUUCUCAGGGUCCAUGAAAGAGAUGAAAGAUGUGUGUCUGAAGUAGCAGGCCUUCACGAAUAUCGGACUCCUGGAGACAUGGAUGGAGUUUCAUUUAAAAGACAAGCCCCAAUAACAAGAUCAAGGACUUCACAAAGAGAAAUUCUCCCAGUCCAUGAAAGAGGUAGUAGCACUACCAAUAUCUUAAUGAAUACAAGUGUUGGAGAUGAAAAUCGUAUGAACUCAUCCGUACAACAAGCUACUCCAGUACUUCGUGGGAAAACAAAAUGUCAAAACUGGAAGAGAAAAAGGGAUAUCAUUCCAAACAAAGUGGAGAUUGAAAUCCCACCUGAGCUUAAUCGUGUUGUCGGGAUGAACAGCACUCAAUUUAUUAGUGAAGCGAGUUAUUUGAUGAAGCAAUGCAUGCCUUUGGAUGUAGAGGAUUGGGGUCAUAUACAUCCCGAUAAAAAACGAAAGUAUUUCAUGAAAUUAAAGGAAUUAUUUAAAUUGCCUGAAGGGCAUCAUGUGGAAAAAACAAUCAAAAGGCGAGCAAACACCUGGUAUAGAAAGUGGCGUUAUGAUUUGAGAAAAAAAGCCUAUUCUGAUCAUCCAACAGUUGCUGGUCGUCUUGCUAAUUGUCCUAGUGAAGUAGAUCCUGAAGAAUGGAAAUGGUUGGUGAGUUAUUGGGAUAGUGAAAAGUUUAGGCGACGCAGUGAGACAAACAAAAAUAAUCAGAAGUCUCAAACAAUGUUGUCUAAAGUUGGCACAAAAUCAAUUGCAAGUUCCUUCUACGAUAUGCUACAAGCAAAGAAACCAGAUUCAGAUGAGUGUGAUGAAGAGAAUCUAUCAGAAACUGAACACGUGGAAGACGAACCAUACUAUUUGGCCCUAUGGGAAAUGUCUAAGAAACGUAAAAAUGGCACUUGGUCGGAUGAGUAUGCAGAGCAAGCAUAUGAUAAUCUCAAAGCAUUGCAUCAGGAACAACUGGAUAAAUAUGGAGAAGAUAAUCUCACUCCACAAGAGGCUUUUGAGAUUUUCCUUAAACAUAAAAAAGGGUCAAAUCAUCAAAGGGGCAUGGGACAAGGAGUUUUGUCAUUUCAUUCUUAUGUGAAGAAGGAUAUUACAAAGGUUCUUGAGCAAGAGAGGAUUGAUACUGAAGUGAAUAAAAGAGUGUCUGAAAUUAAUGAAACUUAUGAAGCUCGUACAUUUUUAUGUAUUUUUAGAUGCAUAUGAUUACUGUUUAUCGGCCUAGCUAUCUUUUGUAUACAGGGCAUCAGGUAAUUCAUCUCAGUAUGUUCAUUUCACUUCCAAGGAGCAUAACCCCCUCGAAUGAUACAAGAUCAAGGGUGAAUAUGAAAGCUGCCAUUCAGUUUCUAUGACUUUGGGUGGAAUUACAUUCGAGAUAGAUGUGACAAGAUGAAAUGAAAAAAUGAAGUUUAGAUGUUAAACGUUUAUGAUACUAUAACAAAUUGUCAUGUUUAGUACUAUAUUUAUUUUAUGGAAAAACCCUAGUAUAUUAACAAUUGUGAACCUUUGAUAGUUUGGGAUUGAAUUAUGAGUAGCAUAUAUAUAUGUUUUGUUUUUAUAAUUAUUUUACAUCACUUUGCAUGUAUUAUUAAAUGUAAAAUUUAUGU